CUGAGACAGAGCUGCUGGUGUUCUGAAAGCUCCACACAGAUGGACACUUGAUCAGUUUUACUCUGAGUUGUAGUUCAUGUUGUGAGAGAGCAUUGAUCACUAUUCCAGUUCAGCUCUGAUUGGUGUGCGCUGUAAAGCCUUGUGUUGUGUGAGAGAUGGCGUUCGUGGUCAAACACAUGAUAGGGGGUCAGCUGAAGGAUCUCACCGGGGGUCUCGGAGAAGAGAAAGCCGAAGGGGAGAAGACGGAGGCGGCGGCUAAGGGGAUGACACAGGAGGAGUUUGAGGAGUAUCAGCAGCAGCUGGCAGAGGAGAAGAUAGAGCGAGAAGCCAACUUCGCACAGAAGAAAGCAGAGAGAGCCACGGUCAGGAGCCAUUUUAGGGAAAAAUACAGACUGCCCAAGAGUGAGCUGGAUGAAACACAAAUCCAGGGAGCAAGCAAGGAUGUGGAGCUGCCCUCAGAGCUAGCUAAGAUGAUCGCAGAAGACAACCAAGAGGAAGAGAACAAACAGUCAGUCCUGGGUCAACUCAAAAGCUUACAGGAUGUUGAUAUCGACCAGCUGAAGGACAAAGCGCAGGCCACAUUCGUAGACCUCAAAGAGACAGCAGAGAAAUGUGAAGUCAUGUGAUCGAGGCUCUUACACACAGUAAAACUAGCUAAUCUGAUAUAUUUAUAUUAGCUCUCCUAAUAAUAAUCACUUAUUUAAGCAUAAACACCACAUUCCUUACACUUAGCCUAUGCAAAUACACAUUGUUGAUAAAUGAGCUUUAGUAUGUUAGUUACAUUUUUGUAUAAUUGUUAUAUUAUUUAUAUUAUAUAUACAUAAAUAUGAUUUGUAUAUUAUGAAUAAGUAUUCACAUAUGUAGUUGUUGUUCUUGUUGAUAAUAAUAAAGUAUAUUAUUGUGUUUGUGUAUCAUCAUUGCAGCAGACUGCUAGCGCAAAUA